AUGCCGGCGGCAGAGGCGGGCUCGAAGGAGGCGGUGGAGAGCUCAGGAGAUGCUUGGAAGAAGGCCAUCGAUGCGGUGGUGCCGUGUUGUGUCGUCAUCAAGGUGACAAGGACGCGCGCGUUCGACACUGAGAGCGCUGGCUCGACCUCAGGAUCCGGCUUCGUGGUGGACAAGGAGCGCGGGAUCAUCCUCACGAACAGGCACAUUGUAAGCCCGGGGCCGAUCAUCGCGGAGGGCAUUCUGCAGAACCACGAGGAGGUCCAGCUCACGCCGCUGUACUACGACCCAGUCCAUGAUUUUGGUUUCAUGAAGUUCGACCCGGCCACAGUGCGCUUUCAACAGAUCGGAGAUAUACCGCUCGACCCCGGCGGCGCCCACAUCGGCCAGGAGAUCCGCGUCGUCGGCAACGACUCGGGCGACAAGCUGUCGAUCCUGAGCGGGACGCUCGCGCGCCUCGACCGCGACGCCCCGAACUACGGCAAGCGCAAGUACAACGACUUUAAUACCUUCUACUACCAGGCCUCGUCCGGCACCAAGGGGGGGUCCAGCGGGUCGCCCGUCAUCGACGUGCGCGGACAGGCCGUCGCCAUCAACGCGGGCGGCCGCAGCAACACGUCGUCCUCGGCGUACUACCUGCCCCUGCCGCGCGUGCUGCGCGCCCUCGAGAUCAUCCGCGCGGCGAACCGGCUGCCGCUCGCGGGGCCGUGGCACGCCGCGACGAUACCUCGGGGGGAUCUGCAGACGGUGUUCCGCUACGAUGGGUUCGAGGAGGUCCGGCGGCUGGGCGUGCGGCCCGAGACGGAGGCGGCCGUGCGCCAGGCCAUGCAGGGCUCGCCCAUCUGCAACGGCAUGCUCGUCGCGCGCUUCGUCGUCCCCGGCGGCGUCGCGGACGGGAAGCUCGCGGCCGGCGACGUGCUCGUGCGCGUGAAUUCCGUAGUGGUGACGUCGUUCGACGCGCUGGAGGACAUCCUGGACGACAACGUGGGCGGCAUCGUCGAGGUCGAGAUCGAGCGGUCCGGCGAGCCGAAGCGGCUGAACAUCCCCGUGCAGGACCUGCACGCCGUCACGCCGCGGCGACUCCUCAACGUCGGCGGCGCCUGCCUGCACGCGCUGUCCUACCAGCAGGCCAUCCACUUCUCCUGCCCCAUCGCCGGACAGGUGUACGUCGCCGAUCCUGGCUACGUGCUCCUGGGCGGGCCGCCGAAGUACGCGCUGCUGCGGCGCAUCAACAACACCCCCGUGCGGACCCUGGAGGACGUCGCGAGGGUGGUGCGCGACGUCCCGGUGGGCAAGCGUCUCCCCGUGCAGUACGUGAUGAUGGACGACCGCAACCGCGUCAGGCACAAGCUGGUGACGUGGAACGUGCAAUGGUUUGGUCGCCCAGUGAUGUGGCAGCGGGACGACGCGCUGCAGCGCUGGCAUCGCCACGAGGUGGACGCGCAGCCGGGAGCCGCCUGGCCGGACGCGCCAGUGGUGACCCGGGUGGUCAACUCCGGAGCGGUGAACGCCGUGGGUGUGGCGGUGGACGGUGAAGCGUCGGGUGACGCGGGGCCAGCGCCAGGCCGCGCUCGCGGGAAGCGCGACAAGGUUCCGGACGGGACAGGUAUGCGAGAGGGCACGCAGAAGCGCAGCAAGACCGGCCACGCCGCGCAGCGUCCGCGCGGGGGCAGUGACGCUGAGAUGCAGGCCCCGGCUGUGGGAGCACCUCUGGAGGCGCAGGGCGCCCGUCGGGGUGGCAGGACGGGCGCGGAGAGCGACGGCAGCGAUGCCGCGAGUGGUGACGAGGCGGGCGGCGGCGGGAGCGACGCGGACGCGAUCAGCGGGGGCGGCGGCGAGGGGGGCGCGCCCGACGCGGGCGGAGCCGCGGCCCCGAUUCCUGUCGCGACGAUCGGGGCUCUUCCGGCCCCGCCGGACGCGCUGGACUUGGACUUGCUGCAAUCGAUGGUGAAGCUGGACGUCAGGAUCCCCUCUGUGGCGUUGGCUGACGGCGUGCACUCAAAGUCGUUCUACGGGCUGGGUCUGAUCGUCUCUCUGUCUGACUCGCUCGGGAUGGUGUUGACGGACCGGAACACCAUCCCGAUCGCCAGUUGCGACGUCAUGAUCACGUUCGGGGCCUUCCCGUCAGAGACGCCAGCACUUGUGCGCUUCCUUCACCCGCUGCACAACUUCGCGAUCGCCACCUUCGACCCGCGGGAGGUCGCGGAGGAGGCGCGCGUGCAGCUCCGCGCAGCCACUCUGUCGGUCAAGCCGUUCGUGCGCGGGGAGCGGGUCGUGCUUGCGGGCUUGCAGGGUUCGAGCAAGGUCGUGCGCAAGGACACCAAGGUCCUGACGACCGCGGGGAUCUUGCAGAUGCGCGGCGCGAAGGCUCCUCGCUUCCGCGCCGUGCACGAGGAAGCGGUGAUGUUGGAGGACGACUUCGGCUCGCGGUUCGCAGGCGUGCUCUGCGACCACCACGCGUGUGUUCGAGGGUUGUGGGGCAGCUACUCCGACCACUCCUCCGCCGGUAACCACGAAAUAUGCGCCGGAAUGCCCGCCAUCGUGUUCGUUCCGUGGCUCGCGGAGGUAGCGCGGUCCCUGAGAGCGGGUCCCGCAGCGCUCGAGGAGCUGUCAGUGCGCACCCUCGGUGCUGAGGUGGUGCCGCACAGCCUGAGCACGGCCGCGCAGCACGGAGUGCCCGCCGCGUGGGUGCAGCGUCUGGCGUCCAUCGAUCCGGAGCGGCGGCAAGCCAUGCGGGUCAGCUCGCGCCUGCAGGGAUCGCAUGCGCACGAGGUGCUGGAAGACGGGGACUGGCUGCUCGCGGUGUCGAACUGCCCCGUCGUCGGGUGCUGCGGCCUGCAGCAGCUCGUGUGCCCCGUCAUGGGCCAGGUCGCGGCUGAGCAGGCUGAGGAGGCUGCGAGGGUGCGCAGCUGGCGGGACUCGGUGUCCAGGCUGCCGCGCACGCUUCUGGAUGCCGUGCGCGGUGCGAUGUUUGCGCGGAAAUCCGAGGUCGGCGAGCGUGUCGAGGUAACAGACCUGCGGCGUCUGACGGUGUGUCGCGACGGGAAGGUGUUUGACAUCGACGUCAGGCUAGAGCGGGAAUCUGGAGGGGGCACGCAGAGGCUGGUGUCGUGGUGCGGCGCGACGAUACAGGACGCACACUUGCCUGCCAGGAUGCGGGCGGUGUCGCAGGAGGGGGUGUACAUUUCGCGCUACGCGCACGGGUCGCCGGCGUACAGGUUCGGGCUGGCUCCGACCUACUGGCUGCUGUCUGUCAACGGCAUCGACACCCCGACGAUCGACGCUCUGAUAGAAGCCGUCAAAGGUAUCAAGCACGGGCAGUACGUCCCCGUGAAGACCAUGAACCUUCAGGGCACUCCGAAAGUGCUGACGAUCAAGCCCGACCUGGUGUACUGGCCAACUGCCUGCCUGCAGGCCGAUCCGCACACAGGGCGGUGGGGCCUGCAGGCAGUCACCGCGGCAACGCAGUAG